AAUGUACUCAUAUGCUCCUCUUGGCGUUUCCUUCGCCUCUCCAAUUGCUACAUCAAUUGUCAGACCUGCUCCAGGUAAUAGCUGAAAUCAAUUAUUCAGUCUCAUAUGUUUAGCCUGUCUCAUAUCCACAACCAAUCUCUUAUGCUUAACCAAUAACCUAUGCAUAACCAGCCCCAACAACAAUUAAAGGUGAAUCAAGAUACGAGUAUGUGCCUUAUUAGAAAUCUGUAGUCGAAUUAGAAGAAGAAUAAAGAAUUGUGAAAGUAGUUUCUCAUUUAAAAUUAUAGGUACCCAAAUAAAAGUGGGUAACAGAUUAUUAUCCAGUUGAAUAUUAAAAAGAAUAUGUACCAUAAGUUACAUAUGAAAAAUAAAUCGAUUAUGUACCUGUCGAAAAAACUGUUCCAAGAGUAGACUACUUAGAAAGAGAAGUAAGAAGAAGUUCAUUUGUUGCUCCAAUAAAUACAGCUCCAGCAAUCACUUAUGCUUCCCCACUUUCCUACAGUGUUGCUGCUCCUAUUGCCCCAGUCACUACCAGUUAUGUGGCACCUGCUUACAGCACAGUCUAUAGAUAUUGAA